AUGAAACUUCAGAUGAAGUGCACAGGUUGUGGCCAUGUUGCGUUUGAGAAAACGGCUAGAUUCUGCAGCCAGUGUGGCCAUCAGCUAUCUGCACAACCAGUCACCAAGGAGCCUGGAAGCUCCAAAAAGGCUGCUGACGCGAAGACCGCUGACCAGGAAGCUCCAAAGGCUGCUGACGCGAAGACCGCUGACCAGGAAGCUCCAAAGGCUGCUGACGCGAAGACCGCUGUCCAGAAAGCUCCAAAGACCGCUGACGCAAAGACCGCUGUCCAGAAAGCUCCAAAGGCUGCUGACGCGAAGAGCACUAAGAACAAGAAAGACGUGGCCAACUCAAAGCAGACGAACCUGGACCAGAAUGCGAACCAGAAUGCUAAGCAGAACCAGACCAGACAGGACAAACAGAAAGGGACAGAUGAUCAGCAGAACCAGGACUCGAAGCAAACCACCGCUGGAAAUAAGAUGGUGUUAGGCUCUCAGAAGAAAUCAGAGGUAAUACGAGGGGACUGGCAUCAGUAUGAUGACAUCAUAUGUGUGGAGCCAUCCAAGAACGUGCUCAAGCGGCUAAAAGAUGCUCUUUGGCCCGAACAAAGGAAAAGUGUCAUCGAAGGCCGAGAAAUCGCAGGGAAGAUUAUGCUAGAGAGCAUAUUUGACCUCCUCAGGAGCUGGACUGACAUUAACCUCAAGAGUUUCCUCAGUCAACUGAAUCAGUUUUACCAGAUCUACGGGAACCCGUCUGUCUAUGAGGAGACACACAAGAAAUGGUGCUCCUUAGACUACGACGAAAAAGAUCUGGACCACGGAGAGUCCACCCGGCUCUGCACCGCCCUGUGCUUGCCCAAGCUGCCCAAAGACUCCUUCCUGCAGUACUGGACCGACUUCGCCCAAGCCGUCUCCGGUCUCAAAAACUUGCCAGACAUGUUGGUGGCUCUGAUCAACAGUGUGAAGACUGAAGGGCCCCGGUGGAUUUUGGUGCUCCCCCUGCUCCACCUCCUCAAGGGAUCCUCCAAACCGUUCACACCCAUAUCUACCACUGUCACCACCAAGUACGAGCAGUCCUGGGCGGGCCUCCAAGGCCUCAAAGCAGGCAACAUGGCACUCAACAGCCAGGAGAGGAGAGCGAUGUUGAAUCUCAUGAAAAACAAUGGCCAUCUGGUUGAGAUGGACAGACUAGUGUCUCGGUCCUGGAUGUGUCUGCUGACCAUAGAGGACCUGAUGGAAUGCAGCGUCAUCAUCAACGUGGAACUGCUGGACCUGCUCCAUGUCUUCACUCUGAGGGCCCCUCAAGAUGUCACCUAUAGCAACAAGCAGUAUGUGUCAGACACUCUCUCACAUAUUCAAAGCAAUCUCAUCGAGGAGAAAUACAGUUGUUUUAGUGAGUCGUAUGGCAGAGACUGCUUGGCAACAGCAGUGAAAUUGCUUGAGAAGAUCUGCAAAGGAGUCCGGUCCACUUCAACCUACACUCAGAACUUCAAAGACAUCCCUGUGGCAUGCAUGAACAUGGUUGUCUCUGUAUCUGAGUUUGCCCGGGCCUUUGAGAAACAGGCAACUAAGGAUGUGGAAAGAGAGCAUAUGCAUGCCAAGGAGCUGGAUCUGCUAUCCGAGGCGAUGGUGAUCGUCAGAUCCUGGAUCGGCAAAACCUUCAGAAGCAAGUCUGAGGGUAAACUCUURGACCGGUUGAAGAUKAACUGGAAGUUUGGRAAACUCAUCUCAGCCAUCAUCCAGAAGUCCUGGCCGAGAAACGAGCGUGGUGAUUACCACGAAGACGACGACGUGGUCUUUCAACACCUGCUCUCCUGGACAGCCGCCAAGAACAUCUUCCAGCUACACGGUGCAGAUGAAAAGCUGAUUGAGCAGCUCUCUGAAGAAGCCAGGGACAGGAUGGCCGUAGCUAUCUCGAUGGCCGUAGCUAUCUCGUCCUUCACUGCCAUCUCCAACCAGCUGGUCCACGGAAACAUCCGGAUCAAACUGCUCAACUCCGUCUUGGAGAAGAAUACCUUCACAGAGCUGCUGAAAAUAGACUGUCUUUCGGAGAAUGAGCGCUACAAGGAGCGCCCCAUGAAAAGGCUGCUAAUGUGUAGGCAGGAGGAGGUGAAAGCUGUCUACCAUGAGAAGGAGCUGGUGGAAGUCCUGCUUACUAUGAGCCGCAAACUACAGGAACAUGUCGUAGUUCAAUUUGAAGGCUUGGAAGCAAGACUACAGACCAACAUUGAAGCAAUGACCCUUGACCAAUUCAUGGGGGUCCAUCCAUUCGAUCAACUGUCUUCUCCAACGCCGGACUACUUUGUAGGACCAGUCGAGAUACACAGCGAUAUUUUUCUUCCUUGCUACGCGAAGUACGAUAAGAUCUACAAAUGCCUGAAGAACGGCAGCCUUCGGCUCGAAGAGGUCGAUACUCUCUUCAAGGCCUACAGGGGCAAGUACGAAGAGCUGGCGCAGGACUUUGAUAUCAUGUGCAGAAACGACAAUCGGAUACAAACAGUGAUCCAGAGAAGGGUGCAGCAGAUUGAGCAGUACCACGAGCUUCACCUGGCUGUGGUUGCUCAGGUCAUCAUGUUGGUCAAGCAGACGCUCAACCUUCAAGGCAACUUCCAAGUCCUGCAGACACUGCUAGAAGUUACGCAUGAGGACUUUAAGAGGGAGCACCUGGAUCGUAUUGACAAUGACCUGAUGCAGACAAAGCUGGUUCUGGUGGACAUUACAGAGCCCCGCAGACUGUGUCUCCAGGAGCUCGGCCUCAGGAAAAACUUUGUUAUCUGGGUUAAAGAGGCUCUUGAAGAUAUCAACGAGCUUAAAGUGUUUGUUGACCUGGCUUAUUCUGCUGGGGAGAAUGACCUCGACGUGGACCGUGUGGCCUGUUUCCAUGAUGCUGUCCUGGGUUACUCUCCGAUGCUGUACGAACUGAAGCCAGACUCCGGUUUCCAGGCCUUCAAGGAGGUGCUGAAAAAGCUGUGGAGGGCAUUGAGUAAUGACAACAACCUCCCAAAGAAGCUACGUGACACAGCGCGCCACCUGGAGUGGUUGAAGACUGUGAAGGACAGCCAUGGAUCUGUGGAACUAUCCUCUCUCUCCUUAGCAUCAGCCAUCAACAGUAAAGGAAUCUACAUCAUCAGUGCCCAGAACCAAAAGAAGUUGAGCCUGGACACGGCCCUGAAACUGCAGAUCCCAGAGGAGCACGACGAGGGCCAUGAGAUGCGCCGUUACUCCCUGGAGGACCUGAGGGAACUGCAGAACAAACUCAUGCUCAUGUCUGGGAAAGGCGACCAGGGCCAGUGUGAGGUGGACCAGUUUGCAGAGGUUUUCGCCAGUGUCCAGAGGCUAGCUGUGGCAUUCAUUGCCCUGUUCACGGCAGGGAACCCCCUGUUCAGACACUGGGAGGCCAACAUCAACUGUAGUUCCCUCAGCCAAGACGCCGGCAUCAUCAUGGACUUCAACCUUGGCAGCAUUGUCAGUGUGAUUAUGGUGGAUGGCAGCAUCGUGGAGCAGCUUCCUGAGCUGUGCAGGAAGAUGGAGAAGUGUCUGAAGUACUGGAACGACUUCAUGGACAAACAGAGAUCCCACWAUUACUACCUGAACUACUACACUGCCGAGCAGAUCYUAUACCUGUGCAGUAAGCUGACUCAGCAGAAUGUGUCGAAUUUGGAGGAACAAGUUCUCAUGAUGCUCUCCUUUGUCAAACCCAACUGCACAGCUUCCGAUCUUAGGCAAACCUGGCACACACUACAAUACGAGAUCCUCACUAACCCACCUGUGCAAAAUGAGGACGUUGACUUCCAGACUUUUGUUGAGGUGCCGAGCGGUGUACAGGGAGGUCUGGAUUUCAUUGGAGAGUUGAAUUUCUCUUCAGACAAUCUUCCAAGUCUUGUGGAGCACAUUAGCGGCUCAGGAAAGUUGGACUUGAUGUGGAACGCCUACAUGAGAGACAUGAAGUGUUUCCUCCCAGACACUCUCGACGUCCGAAGCUUUGGAAGACUGCUAGAAAUUCUGGCCAACAUAAGUGAUGAGAAUGAAGGAGACAUGACUGAUGAGAAGAAAUACAAAAGCAUUGAAAGAUUGAUGCCCAAGGGCCUGGRUAUCGGAAGUCCAAACCUCAUAGUUUCCCCACACGACGAGAUCCUGACGUCUUGCAUCUCCAUUUACAUGAGCAGCAAACACGAGCCGCUGCCCACAUACGACGAGGUCCUAUUGUGCAACUCCUCCACACCUUACGAGCAGGUGGAGCUGUUCCUCAGACGCUGCCUCACUGCCGGCUACAGAGGAGAGAAGAUUUACACCAUGCUCUACGGCGAUCAGUUGAGCUACGAAGUCAGCUCCAAGGUGGAGAGCUUUUUCCAGAAUUAAAAUGCAGAGCAGGAGGACUACAGGCUCGUGAUCAUCUGCAGCUCGGACAGAGAGCAUGCCUACCUUCCCUGCGCCUUCAGCCAGUACAGGUUACACAUGGUGCCCCAGGAACUGAGCAGCAUCCAGAGAUACCUCAAAACAAACACUACACCGGUCCCGUCAGAUCAGAGCAGUGCUGCUGCUGUGUUCAAGGACAGAAUGUUUGUUGGAGUUGUGUCGUCCAGUAGAGCUGGAGUUGGUAAGUCCCUUUACAUCAAGAGGCUGUAUGAAAAACUGAAACACUCCACCAAGAAGCCGUCACUGCUGAAAUGCAUCCGCUUGAUCGAGCCAAGGGUUGAUGAGAAUGUUAUUUUCAGUCUCCUGCUGAAUACCCCCAAGUCGAAAGAGUCAUCUUCCACUUCGAUGUCACAUCUUCAAUGCAAGUGCCAACUCCCAUUCCUGGAUGUGUUCCCAAAUGUCUUCUGCCGCCCACCAAAAGAGGUUCUAGCUGAAAUGAGGAUGCUGGAGGACCCCUCCGGUAAAGUUGAAGACCCAUUCAUGGAUGACAAAGAGUUCAGGAGUGAAGCAUACCAACGACCCUACCAGUAUCUGACGGUUUCCCAUAAUCAAAUCGACCUGGACACCUUCAUGUACAAUGGGGUGGAAGGCACCUAUGUAGAAUGUCUACAGAUGCCUUUAUGUCUGUGGCAUAAUGGCCCAUCGUGGGCCGAGUUAAGGAAUUUUGCAUGGUUCCUAAACCUUCAACUACGAGACUGUGAGACGUCAGUCUUUUGUGAUGCCUCUUUCAGGGACACCCUCCAGGGAUUCAAGAACUUUGUGGUGGACUUCAAUGAUCUGAUGGCCAAGGACUUUGCCACACCGUCCUCCAGCAUCUCUGACCAGAGCCCCGGGAGGCAGCAAAUGGACCUGACUGGGGUCAGCCGACAAGACUUGGCACCCUUCCGGAUCAGGAAGCGAUGGGAGUCAGAACCACAUCCGUACAUCUUCCUCAACGAUGACCAUGUGUCCAUGACCUUCAUUGCUCAUCUUCAGCCAACGAACAGAACUCUGUUGAGUGCCAUCGAUCCAUCCACAAGAAGGGUGAUCAAAAGAGACAUCAUGACCAGAGAGCUGUAUGAGGGUCUAAAGCUACAGAGAGUCCCUUUCAAUAUCGACUUUGACCAACUGCCCAGAGGGGAGAAGAUUGAACGCCUUUGCAACGUCUUGGGAAUCCAGUGGCCUCUUGAUCCUGACGAAACGUAUGAGCUCACCACUGACAAUAUACUGAAGAUGCURGCCAUCCACAUGCGGUUCAGGUGUGGCAUCCCAGUCAUCAUCAUGGGGGAGACAGGCUGUGGGAAGACAAGGCUCAUUAAAUUCCUAUGUGAGCUUAGGAGGAGCGGAGUGGCCACGGAGAACAUGAAGCUAGUCAAAGUUCAUGGUGGAACCAGCUCAGACAUGAUCUACACCAAAAUCCGGGAAGCAGAAGCCAUUGCGGUCACCAACAAACAAGAAUACGGCUUUGACUCUGUCCUCUUCUUUGACGAAGCCAACACCACGGAAGCCAUCAGCAGUAUCAAGGAAGUCCUCUGUGAUAAUACAGUGGAGGGAGAGUGUUUGGUGCCCCAUUGCGGCUUGCAGAUCAUCGCCGCAUGCAACCCUUACAGAAAACACACUGACGAGAUGAUUCAGAGGUUGGAGUCUGCUGGACUGGGAUAUCGAGUCCGAGCUGAAGAGACUGAUGAGAAGCUGGGCUCCAUCCCUCUCCGCCAGUUGGUGUACAGAGUCCAGGCCUUGCCCCCCAGCAUGAUACCUCUGGUGUGGGACUUUGGCCAGCUCAAUGAUCACACUGAAAAAAUGUACAUCCAGCAGAUUGUCCAGAGRGUGGUUGAGACCAACACGAUCGAUAUAGUAUACACCAGGUUGAUCGCGGAAGUCCUGUCUGCUUCGCAGAKGUACAUGCGGACGAGGAAAGACGAAUGUAGCUUCGUAAGUCUGAGGGAUGUAGAACGUUGCAUGCAAGCCUUUGUGUGGUUCUACAAAAACCAUGCSAUGCUGCUUGCWGAGCUAAAUCAGUAUCAGAGAAAUCAAAACGCAGAGAGGAGUGAGAGGAACCAGAGGGAGCCAGAAGCAAGAGACCCAGUCUUGUGGUCUGUAGUGAUGGCUCUGGGAGUAUGCUACCAUGCCUGCUUGGAAAACAAGGACAAGUACAGACAGAGAAUCUGCAAAUACCUCACUGAAACCUACACCCCUUUGAAAGUGAUGCAGGAGAUCUCCCUCAUGCAGGAUCUCCUUCUGAGCGGAGUGCCCUUGGGGGAAACUAUUGCACGAAACAACGCUCUGAAAGAGAAUGUCUUCAUGAUGGUGGUCUGUAUAGAGCUGAGAAUCCCCCUCUUCUUGGUGGGGAAACCUGGGAGUUCAAAAUCUCURUCUAAAACCUUGGUGGCAGACGCCAUGCAGGGCCAAGCCGCACACUCUGACCUCUACAAAAGGCUUAAGCAGAUUCACCUGGUGUCCUUCCAGUGCAGCCCUCACUCCACACCGGAGGGCAUCAUCAACACGUUCAAGCAAUGUGGUCGCUUCCAGGAGGGGAAGAACCUGAAGGAGUAUAUAUCUGUGGUGGUGCUGGAUGAGAUUGGCUUGGCUGAGGAUUCRCCCAAAAUGCCCCUGAAAACCCUCCAUCCUCUGCUAGAAGAGGGAUGCAUYGAUGAUGAGCCUCUACCGCACAAAAAGGUUGGAUUCAUUGGCAUCUCCAACUGGGCUUUGGAUCCUGCGAAGAUGAAUAGAGGCAUUUUCGUCUCACGUGGCGACCCCGACGAGAAAGAGCUGA